AUGGCUCCUCCGUCUCUGCCUGUGCCUGUGCCUGUGCUUCUGCCCGUGCCUGUGCCUGUGUCUGUGCCUCUCAGCGGCUCCGCCAGCAGUGGCGGCGGCGCGGGCGGAGCCUGGAGCGCUGAGGGAGGGCGCAAAAUGACCGCUGGAACCAAGAAAAAAACCCUUUCCCCUAUCUAUAACUUCUUUAGCUUAGCUCUUGCACAGUCAGGGUACUUGGAAGUCUCUUGGAUAGAGGUGAUCUGCUUUUAAAGCCAAACCAGCAUGACAGAGGUGGACUCCCCACCUGAGGAGGACAGGCUUCCCCAAAGAGAUGUCCUGAUGAGCAACAGCAGGCUCUGUCCCAGAUUGGAGCCCCCCAGAGACUCUAGGGACAAAUGGAACAAGAAAAUGGACUUUCUCCUGUCAGUCAUUGGAUUUGCUGUUGACUUGGGCAAUGUCUGGAGAUUCCCUUAUAUUUGUUACCAGAAUGGGGGCGGUGCCUUCCUCAUCCCCUAUGUACUGAUGGCUGUGUUUGGGGGCAUUCCUCUCUUCUACAUGGAGUUAGCACUGGGGCAAUACCAUCAUGUGGGAGUUAUCCCCAUCUGGAAGCACAUCUGCCCCAUAUUCAAAGGGAUUGGGUAUGCUGUCUGCAUCAUCGAUCUCUAUGUUGCCUUUUAUUACAACACCAUCAUCGCCUGGGCCCUCUACUACUUCUACUCCUCGAUGGACAGCUCACUGCCCUGGACCCAUUGCCACAAUCCCUGGAACACUCCAAAUUGUACCAAUUACUUUGGUUACAGUAAUGUCACCUGGAGCAACUUCUCUCACUCACCUGCUGAGGAGUUUUACAUGCGGAGGGUCCUGGAGAUUCAGAAGUCAGAUGGUCUGCAAGAUCCAGGAGGCAUGCGAUGGCAGCUUCUACUGUGCCUCUUCCUCAUCUUCACAACCGUUUACUUCAGUCUAUGGAAAGGAGUGAAGACUUCUGGGAAGGUGGUGUGGCUCACCGCCACCUUCCCUUACCUGGUACUCUCCAUCCUCCUGAUCCGAGGAGCUACCUUGCCUGGAGCCUGGAGAGGCAUCGUCUUCUACCUCCAGCCCAACUGGGAGAAACUGCUGAGCACGUCGCGGUUGGUGGGCGGAGCGUGCGAAGAGAGCGGAAGAGCGCGCGGAGAGGAAGAGCUAAUCACAGGGAUUAACUCGGGGAUGGGCAGGGCCUGUGGGGCCAAAGCUCCGGACGGAUGUUGCCCGGAUGCGAGACGCCAUAAACUGUUAGAGGAGAAGCGCGGCGAAAAGAACCCAAUCAGAGAGGCCAAUUGCGGGGGGCGGCUCAAAGUAGAAGCCAAUCGUAAGGGGACUGCUCGAGAGUGGGCGUGUCCAACAGCCCCCCACCGCGACUUAACGGAACUCACGCGAGUUGUCCGAAGGGAGCGCAGCGAGGAGGCGCCAAUCGGAGGGGCCGCCGAUAGGGUGGGGGUGUGGCUGCGGCGCUGGGAGGAAGUCACGCCCCCAGAACCCCGUGUCCGCUAA